AUGUACAAAAAGACAUUAACAUCCGUCGAUGCGGCGAUCGGCGCAGUCAUCUUGGACGCCCAAAACAUCGCUCUACUCAUCCCUGUCACUGCCAAACAGACCCUCGCAGCUCGAUGGCAGGUGCUCAUACUUAUACCAGCCCAGAUCCUCGGUCUAGUAUUCCUGCCAGUGCUGGUGGUCAAGUUCACCAAGGGACGCUUCGCAUCGCAAGACUGCAAGUGUCUUACUAUCUUCUGGUGGUCCCGGUUAAGCGAUUGCAACGCCUUCUCCGGUAACGAGCUUUCUCUCUUCUGGAUCUAUUACACGCUUCGUUGGAUGAUGUGGAUCCACUCGUCCUUCCAUUCUUUGUACAACGCCGAGUGGUUUCACAGAUCUGAGAAAGAAGGGCGUAUUCCAAUCUUGAACCGCGAUGGUACAAAGCCAAAGACGUAUUGGGAUAAGGCUAUAGCUCUAGCGCGUGAACUGCGGGAUUCAAAUCGACAAGUAACAAAGGCUACUCUACAGGCUGGCCUACUGUAUAGACAAUACUCUGCGACGAUAUCAGUAUCGUAUACGGCAUACGCUCUAUACUCGCUCACGUCUAUGGUAGUUGCCGAAGUUACCAUUGGAGAGUACAACCUCCAACCAAGCUCCAACGCCAACUCGAUCGGUCAGAUAAUUGCCGUCGUGGUCUCGCUCGCUACUCUCCUUCGGGUCAUUUGGAGUUUCCAGAGCCUCUAUAAUGACGCCGAGAAUAGUUCAUUUCCGGACUUCAUCUUCUCAUUGCUUUCGCGGUCCCCGUCGAGUUGCUGCUUCGGCUCAGAUGUAGAAGAGGUGGGCGAAGAUCCAGCUUCCAUCCUGUCGAGACCAGAUGAAGAGGAGCUUGGGAGAAUAUCAGAUACCGAUAGUGGACAUGAUGGCUCAGGAGAAUCGCUACCUCCGCAAACUCCCGCACGAUCUUCACAAUCAUCCCGUGGAGCGGUUGACCGACCUGAUCAAUAUCUUGGGCCCAAUCCUGGAUCACCUCACCCAAGUAACAGCAGAAAUUCCUCCGAUAGCGCCAACUUGCCAAAGACGCAGCCACAUUUGUCUUUGGGACAGAACGGUCGAGCACAGCGACUUCCACCGAAUCGUGCAGUGCCACAGCCAAAACGAACCGACUCUUACGGGCCAGCAUACCGAUUCGAGUUCCGCCAGCCAUUCCAUCUAGAUGCUGUCAAGCUGCUCUUCCUGCCUACAGUUACCCAAUAUCUGGAAGUCCGGAGAAAGGUGAAGGCUACAACUCCAAUGAGCGAGCAUCCGGUGUCGCCCCCUGUCAAACUCCCGAAACCUGUUCAGCCGAUGGCCCGUACACCAUCUCAACAGCCACAACAACAUAUGAGUAGGGAGAAAGCUCUUCCAUCGUCCUUAGUCGUAGAAGUACCGCAUCCAACAGAAACUUCAACUUCCGACGAUAAUCAACACCCCGUCGUGACUAGCAGCAAGCCUUCCGAUUUGAUAGGCGUCGAAAUGAUACCGAAGACAGAGCCCCUGAACACUUCCGAUGAAGACCCAAUUGGCACCAGUCACCAAGGUUCCUGGAAAUAUGGUCAUCCCUAUGUACACGUUGAGGAAGAUAAAUAUGUACCCAUCCAAUCAGGUCCUCUCGAAAAAAGAGAAGUAUCGUCAACACAAGAGCCUGGGGAAGAUAGUCCAGCGCCAGUCUCGAUAUUUGGUGAUGGACGAAUAUUCCCUGCUAACCGUUUUGUUUCCGAUUAUGAUCUUAACAAGACGAGCCUGAAGUCAAAGACAGAGCAACCUGAUAUCGCAAACCAGUCAAAGGGUGGCGGAGAACCACAAGAACCGAGUGUGCAGACUGAGAAGGGUCGUGCAUCACCCCUGUUUAUCGUUGCAAACGAUACAGGGUCAGAUAUGGACGGCCCUAGAACGAUAGGCCAGUCUGCAAAGUCGGUUGAGCCGGUCGAUGAGACCUCUGCCCAGUUCAAGGAUGCCAAGAACGUGAUCGCCAGACCCCUCUUCCGUCCACACGAGAACUGGGAGCCGGAGUCAACACGAUCCUCGCCCAGUGAGAUGAAGCCGUUUGCGUGGAGAAGACGGAGACGAAUGCAGGCGAUUCUUCGCUGGGAUUUUGUGCUUCAUGAACUGGGAAUUCUAUCGAGAAACCCAUCAGGAGGACAAGGCAGUGUCGGUGAAACUACAGAGACCGCGGUCCCCGAUUGGGAAUUGCCUCGCAAGGGACUCCCACUCGACGACAUCAUGUCACAUCUGGAGCAGGCAUUUGCGAAAAGAGGUCCGCGACCCAUCACUGCCACGAAUGGCGAAAGCAAAUCAGGCGAAAGCGAAAUCGGCGGAGUCUUCAAAAAUGGCUCAAGAGGCCCAAGCAACGACCGAAUUUCAAACGUCUAG